AUGCACGUUCCAACGAAUAUAUCCUCAAGGCCCUCCACCGACAAGAAGCCCCCAUCCCAUCUCUAUUUCGCAAACGAAAUCCCCUCCCCACCGCUCGACACCCCCACAUCCGCAGUUCCAACGCAAAUCAUCACAUACACUUUCAAAGAAUCGACAACGAUCGAUGAUCCGAAUUCACCAGAUGGAGAGCUCUGGAGUCACGCGCUGGAUAUCCUCGAGAGCUCGACUGGGUUCCGGAAGUUGAGUUGGGGAAGGCAGGUUGAGGAGCCCGGGAAGGUCCAGGUUCACGUUGCUCGAGACCAUCUAAACCACCACUACACCUUCCUUUCCUCCCCGCACUGGAAAAAACUCACAACCCUCCUGGAACCACUAUACAACGAGACCGAUUCCCACCCGACAGUCCUUCACGCCCUCCUCUCGAACUUCACGUCAAACCCCCGCACAACCUCGUCUGAUACCCCCGUAACCGGAACAGCAAUCUACCUGACAACAUCGCGGAGCGGCUGGGAAAGAGUCUGGGCACUAUGGACGACGAUUGUCCCGAAUGUCAAGGGCUGUCUGGGGUGCACGGGUGGGUGGGUUGUUGAGCCUGUUGAUGGGCACGAUGGGUGUUAUGUUGUUUAUGUCGGUUGGGCGAGUAUUGAGGACCAUGAUGCGUAUCAUCAUACGAGGGACUUUGGGAGGAAGAGGGUUGUGUUGGCGUUGCAUAAUGUGGGGUGGAGGGGUUAUGGGCAUGUGAGGUUUCUGGGAGAGAGACUGAAGAGGGAGAGGGAGGGGGAGGCGCGACUAUAG